AUGGCCGCCUCGACAGACACCGAACACCGCGACCACCGUCACGACGACCACCGGCCGCACCACUACCACCACCACUACGGCCGCCCGGUGCUACAGCGGCCGCCGCAGCAGCAACACCACUACGCGUACAAGACCGUGGUCAAGAAACAGCGGCCGUCGGCCGGCGGCAAGAAGAAAUCCACCGGCAACCGCAGGCGGCGUCUGACGCACGUGUUGGCCGGCAUCGUCCUCGGACUGUUUGUCGGCUACACGUUCGGCGGAUCGUACGACCGACUGCGAUUGUACGCCGGUUGCGGCAGCGGCGGCGCCGGUGGCGGUAGCGAUGCCGGUCGGUCCGGCGUGCUGCGGCCGUUGCAAUCGCCGCGGGCCCGCGUCGACGAGGACGACAGCGGUGGAGCGAUACCCGCGGCCGGCGGCGGCGGUGCCGGAGGCCCGCCCGAAUCGCUGCUGUUCGUCGGCGUGAUGACGGCCAACCGGUACCUGGCCACUAGGGCGGCCGCCGUCCACAGCACGUGGGCGCGUCGCGUGCCCGGCCGCGUGAUGUUCUACAGCUCGGAGACGUCGGUCCGGCCGCCCGGCGCGGCCGACCUGCCGCUCGUCCGGUUGCCGACGGUGGACGACUCGUACCCGCCGCAGAAAAAGUCGUUUCUGAUGUUGCAACACAUGUGGGACAACUACGGCAGCGCGUACGAGUGGUUCAUGAGGGCCGACGACGACGUGUACGUUCGCCCGGACCGGCUGGCCGCGCUGCUCCGGUCGGUGGACAGCCGCAAACCAGUGUUCAUCGGACAGGCGGGCCGCGGCAACCAAGAGGAGUUCGGGCUGCUGAGUCUCGAGUACGACGAGAACUUUUGUAUGGGCGGGCCAGGCGUAAUCAUGAGCCGCGAGACCUUGGCCCGGGUAGUGCCGCACAUCAAACACUGCCUGAAGAACCUUUUCACCACGCACGAGGACGUCGAGCUGGGCCGGUGCGUGCAAAAGUUCGCGGGCGUGUCGUGCACAUGGUCCUACGAGAUGCAAACUAUUUUAUACCACAAUUCCAGUGGCCGCGAUGCGUUCACUGGCAAUUUAAAGCAGAAAGAAGUACACCGAGCCAUAACUCUCCAUCCAGUAAAACAACAUAGUCACAUGUAUAGGAUACACAACUACAUGAAGGGUCUCGAAUUGCAAGAAAUACAACAAAAGAAGAUCUUGUUGCACCGGGACGUACGAUCCAUGAUGGAUCAGCUGAACAGUGCGCAUCCGCGACCGUCCAACGAGUUCCGGCUAACCGGCGACUCGAAACAACUGUUCUCGUCCCGGCCGGGAAGUCCGAAUUACUUAGGCGACCCGGAUCUGUUGGGACUUCCACCGGGCCUCAACAAGUAUAGGCCACGCAAGGUGGCGGACGUCAUCAAAUGGGAUUUCAUAUCAAAGGCUUGGUAUUCAGACACGGAUGCAAAUCCUAGACGUCGGAUUGACUCGUACACAAAAGAAGGCCUCGACGACGUCGUUCGAGAGGUGAUGGAUCUGAUAAAUAAAUUUUCCAAGCAACGCGGUCGAGUGAUCGAUUUUAAGGAAAUAUUUUACGGUUACCAGAGGGUGAACCCAUUAUACGGCGUCGACUAUAUGUUGGAUAUGUUGCUGAUGUACAAAAAGUACCGGGGAAAGAAGAUGACCGUUCCUGUGCGGCGACACGCAUACCUCCAACAGCAGUUUACCGGUUUCGAAGUGCGCGAAGUGCUGGACGGUUCGGAAGUUAAGAUGAAAACACAGCAGCAGGACGCCGAAGCGUACGACAAUGACGAUGACGACGCGGCGGGGAGUCCGUCCAGGGACAUCGCGGAUAACGGCAUGGUCCGCGUGGAAGGGCCGCCGGCCAAGCGUCGGCCGGACAGCCAAGCCAAGACGGUUCACUUCGUGCUGCCGCUGUUCAACCGGCUGACCACGUUCGCCCGGUUCGUGGACAACUACGAGUCGGUGUGCCUGGCGAACGACGAGCGCGUCACGCUGACGGUGGUGCCCUACGGAAAGGCCACCGCAGACGGUGCGGCCGCAGAGGUGGCCCAGCUCGCGGCCCGUCACCCGGGCGCCCGACUCACCGUGCUGCCUGACGCCGGUGGCCCGUUCGCCAGGGCGGCAGCGCUGCACGCGGGCGCCGUCCACGCGGCCGGCCCGCCGCCGGACGACUUACUGUUCUUCGUCGACGUGGACAUGCUGUGGACGGCGGCGACGGUGGACCGCGUCCGGUUGAACACGGUCCGCGGCCGCACUGUGUACUUCCCGAUCGUGUACAGCGAAUACGACCCCGUAGUGGUGUACGGCCGGGCGGCCGGGUCCCCGAACCACUUCCUGGUCAACCAGGACACCGGAUAUUGGCGGCAGUACGGGUUCGGCAUCGUCAGCGCGUACGCCACCGACCUGGCGGCCGCCGGUGGACUGGACACGUCCAUCCGGGGCUGGGGCAACGAGGACGUGGACCUGUACGAGAAGUUCGUGCGGUCCCGGACCUCGACGGCGGUGUCCGUGUUUCGCGCCGCCGACCCGGACCUGGUGCACGUUUACCACCCGGUGGAGUGCGACGCCGGGCUGCCCGAACCCAAGGCCCGGAUGUGCGCCAACACCAGGUUCGAGACGUACGGUAACGUGGACCAGUUUGCCAACAUCAUCUACAGGAACAGAGAAGCGGUGUACGAGUUCGCGGCCCGCCGACUGCUGAAUGGAUCGACCGCUGCGACACGGCCUCCGCCGCUGCCCGUGUCCGUGUCGGUGCCUCGACCGCGCGUUUAAUAAUAUUAUUAAAUUGUAUAUUGUUAUUAUUAUUAUUACGAAAUCAUACUCUGCACAUUAUUGUUUGUCAUUAUUAUUGUAAACGAACAAGGUCGGCGAUUCGCGUCGUGAUCUCAAGUCGAUCGAGAAAAUCGUGUCUCUCUUUUUAUACGUCUCUCUCUCUAGAUAUAAUUAUACAUAUAAUAUUAUAAAUAUAAUGUUUAAAACAUAUCGUGAUAUUAUUAUACCAGCUGUAAUAUGAUACAAUUAAUUGUAGGUAUUUGUAACAGGUACUAUAUUAUUAGUUAUUACGACUGAUAAAUGUUUAUCAUAACGAUUAAGGAAAUAAUAUAAUAAUUUAAAUACA